CAACGUUCGAAAGUUAGAAUUUUUUUCAAUGCUCUCGUGAUGAGCAACCUCAUAUCUUCUGUGGCCUGGGUUCGUCGAGGAGUUGCUGUACAACAUCCCCCAAGAUAUGUUCUUGACGACAACGAACUAGAGCGUGUCAGUGCUCUUGCAAAUAUCGAACUUGAAGACGCCCGGACAGAGCUCAAGCGAGCUCAUGAGGCGGCAAAAAUGAUGGGAAAAGGUGCAGAAGAUGAAGGAGCAGGAGAAGGAGAGGACGAUGAGGAUGAAUGGGUUGAGUGAGUUUAAGGUCCCCCAAACCUCUCCAUUCACCUCGAUUUAGGUCGUUACACUACAAGUGAAGAUUCAGAUGCUAUGGAUGUUGAUGAGACACCCCAACCCCGUAAAGACAAAAAUGAAGACGAUCUGACCAAGUAUAAGAUGGACGAAUACGAUGACGAUACGACCACAGAGGCGAUCGGACCGUUCAGCAAUAUAAAAGGCCUAACGUACUACAAGGACAACGAGGAGGAUCCUUAUAUCACGUUGAAAGAGGACGACGAAGCAAACGAGCGAGAAGAAUUAGAAAUCCUACCCACCGAUAAUCUUGUUGUAAUCGCAAAAACCGAGGAUGACAUCUCACAACUUGAGAUAUACAUCUACGAAGAGUCUGAAGAAAACCUAUACGUCCAUCAUGAUCUCAUGCUACCCAAUUUCCCACUCUGCCUCGAAUGGCUCGACUUCCCUCCCGCGUCCACCUCCUCAUCGCCUUCCAACGACCCUACAAGCACCGGUUUCGGGAACUACAUUGCUGUAGGCACGCUCGAUCCUGAGAUUGAGAUAUGGUCGCUCGACGUGGUAGAAGCUAUGUACCCGAACUCUGUGCUGGGACGACCGGAUCGCACAAAAGCACACGUACCUAUACCUCUUGGCACUGGGAAGAAGAAGAAGAAAAAGACUAAAGCACGAGCCGUCGAGAAGGGCUAUCAUGUAGACGCCGUCUUGGGUCUGAGCUGGAAUAAAAAACAAAGAAAUCUGCUAGCGAGCGCGAGUGCAGAUAGAACAGUCAAAUUGUGGGAUUUGAGUAGAGAUCCGACUAUAGGUGGUGACGGGGGGGAAGGAGGUGCGAUCAGAAGUUUUGAUGUGCACAAGGAUAAAGUACAGGCGGUUCAGUGGAACGAGAAGGAUCCCAGUGUACUUUUGACUGGGAGCUACGACCGUACUGUCCGGACGUUUGACUCUCGUUCGCCGGAUACUGGGGUGGGUGCCUUCUUGGGGAGUGAUGUUGAAGCGCUGCGUUGGGACCCGUGGAACGAAGCUAGUUUCUAUGUCUCUCUUGAGAAUGGUUUAGUCCUCAAUUUUGAUGUCCGAACACUUCCUUCCGACCUCAAUCAACCUUCACCUGCGCGGUUCACACUAUCCGCUCACGACGGCGCCGCUUCGAGUAUUGACGUCAACCCCCAUCUCAAAGGCUGUUUAGCUACAGGAGGGGCAGACAAACUUGUAAAAAUAUGGAACAUUGACGAAGAUUCUGAAGGCAAACCAAACGUCAGUUUGGUGACGUCUCGGGAUCUGGGUGUUGGCAAGGUUUUCUCUGCUGUAUUUUCUCCGGACGACCCUCUCACGGUGGCGGCUGGUGGCUCAAAGGCCAAGGUGCAAAUCUGGGAUGUUGGGGCAAAUUUUGGCGCUCGAAAGGCAUUCGGACCUAAACUCCGGGCUGCUGGAAGAGAGCUUCGGGAAAGGGUGGAUAAGGAAGGCGGUAACAAUGGUGUUAUCGGUGUUGAAAGCGACGAUGAGGAUGCGGAUGUUGACAGCGAAGAGUAAUUUAGGGGGUAUGAAGCGCCUGAUUUGUGAAUCCUCGUGUCCGCACUCCAUCCAAAUCUGUACGGAGAUUUUCUCGAAUAUGUACCGAAGUGUUUGAUGCAAAAUACAUUCGCCUGUCUACUUA